AUGAUUGGAGCCCUGAGAAAUUCCUCGUGUCGCUCUGCGAGAUUGAUGACUGGGUUGUCGCAGGCCCGUCUCUUCCAUCAGAGUGUUUCGAGACUCAACCUCGACCCAGAAAGAGAAAAGUACAUCGCGUACAAGCUGAGUAUUUUGCCCAAGCAGAAGGAUAUAUAUCAGAACGAUGAUGGAACCCCAAGGGCGCCCUCUGAUGAGGAGCUUAAGAUUAUUGCCGAGCUGAAUGCGCUCAGUGGCCAGCGUGACUUGUCGCUUUCCGAGACCUUCAGUUUGGGCCAGUACAAGAACCUGUACAAUGCCAACUCCAAGCUGUUGGAGACUUUGGACAUUUCGAGCGCCAGAAUCAUAGAUAAGAUCCCAUACGAGGACACUGCCACUGGCGAGACCAAGUGGCUGACCGUUAGAGAAGGCGAUGACCACAAGGGGUUCGAAGGAAUCGUUUCGUACAUGCUGGUUCCCACGCUGGUGUUAUUCCUGAUAGUGAUUGCUUUCCGCGAGGACAUGAGUGUUAACGACUGGGCUGUCAGAGAGUUGGUGCUCAGAGUGAAGGAGACCGCACAGUUGGAGAACGACGUCGAGGUUUUGAAGGAGUUGGACUCCUUCGGCAAGCCAGAGGAGGCAUUUGCCGUUAGACGUCUGGGUGACAAAGACUCUGUUUUUAUUGAGAGAAUUUUGAGUGGUGAGUACGACAAACUGGCGGGUUUGAAGGUAAAGGAGAAGCUGCCUAUCUUCACCCAGAAGGAUUAG